GUAGUUCCGUGUGGGUGGUUGACGGAGCAAACACGCUAAGAUCAGUUUACCUAUUUUUCUAAAAUAUGGGUAAAUUUUAUUCAAAUUUGCGUAAACUUUACGCAAAUAAGGGUAAAUAAAACUCAUAUUUUGGAAAAGUGCACAACCGCAUUUAUAGGUAAUAUUAUCCCAUGUUUGGGUUACACGGAACCACCAAACUACCCAAAAUUGAGUUCUCAUAUUUGAGUUUUGUUUACGUCUCGGUUUACCUAUAUUUGAGUAUCAUUUACGCAUAUUUGCGGUUGUGCACUAUUUGGAAAAAAAGGUAAACUGAUCUUAGCUUGAACGGUCACUGUAAAUAUAUCCCAAAAAGAAGUACUUUGGAUUUUCCGUGCAUGCAGAAAAAAAAUAAUUCAUCCAUAAUGUAGAGGCUAUUUUUGUGCGGUGUAUGAAUAAAUAACCAAGGAAAACAGUGAAAAGAGGGAAGAGAAGGCACGAAAUCAUCUCUCUCGUUCAAUGCUUUUGAGUCUAGUGAUUUUUUUUCUUCUAAUCAGUCGCAAGUGCAAAAAAUUCUUGGCUUAUUGCGGAAAAUAAUCUUUAAAUUGAAAUCUAGUGCAGCUUCACAAUGAGUAGAAUCUUAGGUCCAUAAAACGGAAUAUUGUUCGCGUAGAUGUAUUUAUCUUUGAAGUCAAAAGCAUCAGUGCGCGUAUUUUGAAGAAAAUGAUGGCGUAAAUAAGAAAAAAGACGAUAAUUGGGGAAUUGAAAAGGUGUAAAGGCGAAAAUAAAUAUCGCUGGUUUGCUGAUGAGAGUGAAAUGUGAAGAAUGUUAAGGUAGAAGCAAUAAAAAGAAUAUGCUGAUUCUUGUGAUUCUUCAAUCGAUUGUGAAUAAAAAACAGAAAAAAUAAAGUGCCAUACAGUGGACAUAUUUACAUAGGUAUAUUUUGCUAACUUGUGUGUGUGCUUUGAGAUACUUAAGUGUAAACAAAGAUAUUUGGUGUUUUAUGACGUAAUUUGAUGCUUGCAUAGUUAGAUACUAAGUGAUUUAGUGAUAACAAGCCGUAAAUAAGAAAACCAUUUCGAAAAGGCUCUUAUUAGUAAUUAUUGUUGAGUAUCAAAAUCUAUACCAAAACAUGGAUGCCAAAGCCUCAAAUGCAAUACCUACUGUUUAUCCUUCAACACCGCCAUAUUCCAAAGGCGCUCGAUCUUCGCAUCAAUAUUUCAGCCUUAGGUGGAAUAACUACCAAUCUAAUAUGACGUCCGUCUUUCAUGAACUAUUGGAAACACAGUCAUUUGUUGACGUCACGUUGGCUUGUGAAUACAACUCCCUCAAAGCACACAAGGUGGUGCUUUCAGCAUGUUCUGCAUAUUUCCAAAAAAUACUGCUUGACAACCCUUGUAAACAUCCUACCAUCAUUUUACCAUCGGAUAUAUGUUUCUCAGAUUUGCAAUUCAUCAUCGAGUUUGUUUAUCGAGGAGAAAUCGACGUAUCGGAGGCUGAACUACAGGUGCUGUCGUCGGUGAUAGCGAGGAGGAUACAAACCCACUGCGAUGCCAACAACGUGAUGACCGAAGAACAAAAAGGGUGUCGCAAAAACACGCAAGGCUGCAAAGAUCAGGUCAUUAUAGAUGCAGUCAUUGUGGGUCAAGCCACCGAUAAGCAGAGGAACCUGAGCAUGGCGUACAUCGACUGCAAGAAGGCGUACGACUCAGUGCCGCACUCGUACCUUCUUAAGGUAAUGCAGUUGUACAAGGUAGACGGGAACGUCAUCAGGCUGAUGCAACACGCGAUGGGGAUGUGGAGCACGUCCCUACAAAUCACCGACGGAACAGCUGUGUUGCGGUCCAGAACUCUCAGCAUCAGGAGGGGUAUAUUUCAAGGCGAUACCUUCAGUCCGCUAUGGUUCUGCCUUGUAAUGAACCCCCUCAGCAGAGCACUCAACCAAUGCAACUAUGGCUACCAACUGAAAAGUGGGGGAAGGAGUACAAGAAUAACCCACACCUUCUUUAUGGACGACCUGAAGCUGUUUGCGGAAUCAGUACAGAGGCUGCAUCAACUGUUGCAGCUUGUGACGGUGUUCAGCAACGACAUCCGGAUGGAGUUUGGAAUUGACAAAUGUCGGUCAGUCCAUCUUCGCCGGGGUCAAGUAGUGGACGCCAGCUGUUUCCGCGUCAACGAACAGGAGGAGAUUCGGAAUAUGGUUGAAGGCGAAGUGUACAAGUACCUCGGCUUCCUGCAACUUAGAGGUAUUCGCCACACAGCGAUCAAGAAGGAACUGCAGGACAAGUUCUUGCAUCGUGUCAACUGUGUUCUGAGGAGCUUUCUGUCAGCCCUCAACAAGGUGAAUGCGAUCAACACGUUUGCUGUGUCCCUGUUGACCUACAGCUUUGGGGUGGUAAAGUGGACCAAGACUGACCUCGAGGCGUUAGAACGAGCAGUACGAGUGGCGUUCUCCAAGCACCGCAUGCGCCAUCCAAAGUCGUCCAUUGAGAGAGUCACCCUGCCACGCGCAGUAGGAGGAAGAGGCGUCACCGAUAUCCAGGCACUAUGUGUCUCCCAGAUCCAGCAGCUGCGGGCAUAUUUCGUAGAAAGCCAGAACCGUCACGAAAUGUACCGCACUGUAUGUGAAGCUGACCACGGUUACAGCGCCCUGCAUCUGGCGCAGGAGGAUUAUCAGCUGAACUGCGACAUCAAGACCGUAGACGAGAUGAUCGUAACGUGGAAGCAAAAGGAGUUGCAUGGGACGCACCCCCAUCAACUGGAACUCGAGCACAUCGAUAAGGCGGCGUCAAACGCGUGGCUGGUGCGGGGUGACCUAUUCUCAGAAACAGAAGGUUUCAUGGUAGCCAUCCAGGACCGGGUAAUUGCGACGAAGAACUAUCGGCGGUACAUAUUGCACGAGGACGUGGAGGACCGUUGUAGGAAGUGUAAUUCAGUAGGAGAAACGAUCAAGCAUGUCGUUGCAGGCUGUUCAGUGUUAGCUGGAUCAGCUUACCUCGAUCGUCACAACAAAGUUGCCAAGAUUGUGCACCAACAGCUUGCUUUAAAGCACAACUUGGUCGACAGAUUUGUACCCUACUACAAGUACCAGCCGGACCCGGUUCUGGAAAAUAGUUGCAUAAAGCUGUACUGGGAUCGCGAGAUCAUUACGGACGCCCUCAUUCGUGCCAACCGGCCUGACAUUGUGGUUUUCGACAAAAGGAUGAAGCGAAUAACUCUCAUCGACAUCGCUGUACCGUUAGACCAUAACGUCCAAUCAACCAAGUACCACGACCUAGCGGAGGAGUUGAAGCAGAUGUGGCACCUGGAGGACGUCCGUAUAGUUCCGGUUGUCCUCUCGGCAACCGGAGUUGUCCCUAAAUCUCUCCUGAGGUCCCUAGACGAGCUGGAAUUGAAGAAGGACCUGAACAGCAUCCUGAAAGCGGUGAUUCUUGGAACCUGUAGUAUAGUUAGGCGGUUCCUGAAUCAUCACAACUGAAAGUACAUCCAAAAGCAGACUCGUUAGGAUAAGCUAAAAACCCGGCUAAUGAGAUCCACAGAGCCUAAUCCCUUUUGGCAUUCCGAUUGCCCGGGGUAGGUGAAAGUUUCCAGCAAUUUUUGCUGAGAAGUGCCAAAACUCUAUAAUAAUAAUAAUAAUAAUAAUAAUAAUAAUAAUAAUAAUAAUAUGUACCGCACUGUAUGUGAAGCUGACCACGGCUACAGCGCCCUGCAUCUGGCGCAGGAGGAUUAUCAGCUGAACUGCGACAUCAAGACCGUAGACGAGAUGAUCGUAACGUGGAAGCAAAAGGAGUUGCAUGGGACGCACCCCCAUCAACUGGAACUCGAGCACAUCGAUAAGGCGGCGUCAAACGCGUGGCUGGUGCGGGGUAACCCGUUCUCAGAAACAGAAGGUUUCAUGAUAGCCAUCCAGCACCGGGUAAUUGCGACGAAGAACUAUCGGCGGUACAUAUUGCACGAGGACGUGGAGGACCGUUGUAGGAAGUGUAAUUCAGUAGGAGAAACGAUCGAGCAUGUCGUUGCAGGCUGUUCAGUGUUAGCUGGAUCAGCUUACCUCGAUCGUCACAACGAAGUUGCCAAGAAUGUGCACCAACAGCUUGCUUUAAAGCACAACUUGGUCGACAGAUUUGUACCCUACUACAAGUACCAGCCGGACCCGGUUCUGGAAAAUAGUUGCAUAAAGCUGUACUGGGAUCGCGAGAUCAUUACGGACGUCCUCAUUCGUGCCAACCGGCCUGACAUUGUGGUUUUCGACAAAAGGAUGAAGCGAGUAACCCUCAUCGACAUCGCUGUACCGUUAGACCAUAAUGUCCAAUCAACGUUCUCCGGCAAGAUAACCAAGUACCACGACCUAGCGGAGGAGUUGAAGCAGAUGUGGCACCUGGAGGACGUCCGUAUUCGCCUUGAUGGAGGCUCUCUGAGAGAAUGCGCUGUGCGUGAAAACAUUUUUUUUUUAACAUGGGAAAGGAUAGGAGCUGCAUUUUCAAAUGCUUAUAAUUCUUUAUCGAAAUUUUUUUAAGCAAAACGUUCUUAAUGUUAUCGAAUGAGAUUUUGAUAAGCUAUAUUAUAGACAUAACAUUGUGAUUUAAAAACUUUUUGUCUAAAACCAGUUAUAGUGUAGCUAAUUGAAAGUAUAUUGCAAAACAUUAACACUUUUUUCAAUCUAAAGUCCCUAAAAUAUUUUAGAAGCAUUUAAAAAUGCAGCCCCUAUCCUUUCCCAUGUUAAAAAAAAAUUGUUUUCACGCACAGCGCAAUUCUCUCAGAGAGCCUCCGUCAAGGCGAAUAGUUCCGGUUGUCCUCUCGGCAACCGGAGUUGUCCCUAAAUCUCUCCUGAGCUCCCUAGACGAGCUGGAAUUGAAGAAGGACCUGAACAGCAUCCUGAAAGCGGUGAUUCUUGGACAGGGGCGUACAAUUUCGUUUCAAUGAUACACUUUCAUGCAACAUUUGAAUGAGUCACUUCAAGUGUUUCAUACAUUUUUCUAAUGACUCGGUCGUUAAAAAAAACUUUUCCACUCAUCGUAGCACUCGGUAGUCUCCCACCCGGUAGUCUCCCACCCGGUCGCAUUGCUUGUGCUUCACCCGUCAGAGCAUUAGUGUCUCACUGGUGCGCGCUAGUCUCUCAAUGGUUACGGGCGCCGGUUAAUUGGAUUUAAGUGGUCGAAUUUGUUAUCCUCUUUCAUAAAACAUAAUUAUCAUUCUAUUGGCGUGCACCACUAUUUAAAAAUGUGGUUUAAAUAGUGUUUUUAGCAUGUUGAAGUAUUUCAAUGACUCAUAAAUGAAACGAAAAUCCAAGUGUAUCAUCUCAUGUUUCAUACACACUUGUUUCUGUAGCAGCAACGAACGAGUGUGUUGCUGGGUGAGAGAUGAAGCAUCACAGCAGUCCGUUCGCAUGGGAAACGAUUUGCUACAGUCGUCGUACGUCAUGUUUUCCUUUCGAAAUUGCACGACCCUGGUUAGGCGGUUCCUGAAUCAUCACAACUGAAAGUACAUCCAAAAGCAGACUCAUUAGGAUAAGCUAAAAAACCGGCUAAUGAGAUCCACAGAGCCUAAUCCCCUAUGGCAUUCCGAUUGACCGGGGUAGGUGAAAGUUUCCAGCAAUUUUUGCUGAGAAGUGCCAAAACUCUAUAAUAAUAAUAAUAAUAAUAAUAUAACUGUAUUCUGGUAGUCUGUUGUUCGUCAAUUUAUGUAUAAGCAAAAGAACAUUGAAAAUUAUACGCUGUUUAACAGACUGCCACUGCAGUGUGUCCAACAUAGUCCGGAUGGGGGUACAUUAACUACAAUUUAAGCUAACUUUCCUGUUGCCAAGUAGAGCGCUCAAGUAAAAUUUCACCUUUUUCCGUAAGUGAUUUUGACAUUUGUUUAACUGACAGCAUUUUAACGAAUCUUUGCUGUAAGAUGGAUGUAAAUAAAAGGACACCAGGUUGUUUACGAUUUGGACUUAGAGAAAUUUCGUUCGUUUCCUCUGGAAAUGUUUUUGAAAUUGAAAUGUACUUUUUCGAGCGCCUGUGGGGAAAAUGAUUUAUAACUUUUGGGUGGACUUCUGGGGAAAAUCCAGAUAGUGAGAUUCCAACGGAAUUGUUAAGCUUUCCAAGGAAAAUAAUGAUUAGAGACAUUGCGCUAGGAUUCUGGUUGAACUUUUAAUGGUAUUACAGCGGGAACUAUGGAUAUAUACUAAUUAUGAAUUCUGCAAUUUAGGGGUUGGGACUACGGUGGAAGGAAUCUACGAAGGAAUUCCUGGAGGUAUCUCCGAAGAAAUUACUGCAGGAAUCUUUGGAGGAAUUCUUGGAAGAAUCUCCGGAAAAAUUCCCGGAGGAAUCUCCUGAAGAAUUUCCGGAGGAAUCUCCGGAAGAAUUUCCUGAGGAAUCUCCGGAAGAAUUUCCGGGGGAAUCUCCGAAAAAUUCCCGGGGAAGCCCUGCAGGAAUUCUGGAAAAAUUGUGCGGGAAUUUUAGAGGUAAUUUUAGAUGAGUUCCUGGGAAACUUCUGGAGGAAUUUCUUGGAAACUCAUUGGGGACUUCCCAAAGAAUUUCUGCAGGAAUUCCCGGGGAACUCCUACAAGAAUUCACGGGGAACUCAUGGAUAUACUCCCGGUGAACUCAUGAAGGAAUUAACUGAGAACUUCUGAGGCAUUCCCGGGGAACGCCCGAAAGUUUUAUCGAGAAUUUCCUGGAGGAAGCACCUGAGAAUUCUGGAUGAUUUCUUGGGGAAUCACUGGAGGAAUUUCCGGAACACUCCUUGAGGAAUUUCCGGGGAGCUCCUACGGGAAUAUCCGGGAAACUCCGGAGGAAUUCCUGAUAAUCUCCUGAAGGAAGAACUUGAUGAGAACUUAUGGGAAUUCCCGUGAACUCCUGGGGCACAUUCCAGAGAAAUUAUCGGGGAACUUCUAAAAGAAAUCUUCUAGGAAUUUUCGAGAACUGGGAAACCUCAAAUUUCUUUCGAUAGAGCAAGACAGAUCAAGAGCAAUACUACAGAUGCUCACAUAAUUCCUUGCUUAAUUCCCUUCUUCCAGGAAGCAAACAUAUUCACCGAACUGAAGUUGUUUUAAAAUUAACAGCAGGAAAUCCAUGCUCAUUUUGUUUUGCCGAAGCGGCAUACUCGCGGAUUUUUUAAAGAACAUACCGCAGUGCUUUCGCAUUCCGUUAGCGGCCCCAUUGUGUUUCCCGCUUCAAAAUCAUGUUGUUUCUUAAAUUCUUUCAUUGUCAAAUAUUUGACCCUGUGUACUACAGGCCUAAAGUGCCCCGCACAAUGCAUACGUUUGCGUGUGCGUGACAGUAGUUUGACAUAUUUCACAUGGGAAAACUGUCAAAAAAAACGCAAACCUCGACGGAACGGACGCUAUGUGUUCCAGGCUUAAGGCCCCUGUGUACUAACAGCUCAAUGCACGCUGAUGUCUUUGGUUCAAAAGAAGAAACAAAAAAUAAAGAGAAAUGUCACUUUUACUUACGGAAUAAUACAUCGACAUAUUAUUCCGUACGGAAAAUCAACAACAUGACUGACAGCAUCGCAUAAUAGUGCCAUCUGUUGGCAAAUCUUUCUGGCUGCGAAUUACUCAUCAACUGCGAGCGCUCAAGUAAUUUAGAUUGCAAAAGUUUUACGUGACCAUUACUUGUCCUAUAUUUUUACAUAGUACUUACCAGGUGGAAACUAGCCAUAAUUAACCCUCGAGCAGUCGCGUCUUUGACUACCUGGAGCAACGCCCCGCUCACGCUGUGUACCACAUGCGAGCAUUUUUCAUGGUGCGUGUACUCAGUACACGACGCGACCGCUCCCGGGUUAAUAACUUCUUCAUAAUCCCGCCCUUAUUCAGCCUCAAGUAUGGGAUUGAAGAAGGGCAACUGAUUGUCUCGGAGAAACACAAGGUCCACCACGCUAUUGCUUCGGUUUGCACAGUAAGGGCAAAUACUGUGGAGGGUGCCCUGGUACUCCACAGGCUCCGUUUGCGAUAAGACCACCCUAACCAUUCAUUCCUAGACACUGUAAGCGUAAAGCCGCAUAACACCUUGAAUUAGGGGUCACCUGAUUAGUGGACUCCUACCACUGGAACAGGCGGUCCGUAGCAGUGAAGAGAAUUGUCAGACAAAAGAUAAAUAAAACAAGCAAGGGAACGUCCAUAAAUUUCGUCACGCCAAAUUUGCUGAUGUUCAACCCCCCUCCCCCCUAUGUCACACACUUUUUGUGUGAGGACUCGAAAAAUUUUCUAUGGGUCGUCACACUUUGCUGAACCCCCCUCCCCUCAGAGCGUGACGUAAUUUAUGGACGCUCCCCAACAAACAAGGCGCGACGAUUACUCUUCUUCCCUACUGGUAACAGAUAAUGACAUUAUCUCAAAAACUUGUUGCAGACAAAACGGAAGCUGAAUUUGUUGCGUAUUUUUCAACUCGUGAAUAAUCAAUUAUUAUACAAACCCAAAGUCGAAACUGUUUGAUGGUAGAUCUUCAGCAGAGUUGCAGUGUUUACCAACUCGAAGUUACCGUUCGAAAAUCGCAAUGCAAGGCUGAAAAAUCUCUAAACUCGUGGUGAACGAUGUUUAUUUUAUUAUUUUCAAGUUGGGACAAACUUAUGUCGCAUUGCACAGUGGGGAAAAAAAUGGUAUAAAACGCGAAUAAAUUCAAUAUCUCUGCUCGGAGUGGAUGGAUUCGAAUGAAUUUUUGACACAAAUUGUAAAAAUCUCUACAGUUCCAGAUAAGGAGGGUGUCAUUCGCCGCACGAUGCUGGUUUACCCCACUCUCUCUAUAACACACCUUUUUGAGAAAAUCCUCAUCUAUUCCCGAUUGGCGCGCAAAAUAAAUGACUUAUUCAACUCGUAUUUGUGUAAAAACUUCCUUAGUAUCGGGAAUUUAACAUAGGGUUGGUCCUGCUCUUAUCGAUUGCGUUCAACUCCGGCCGGAGAUAUAUGUGAAAUUUCAAAGAAAUAGGGGAUAUCGGGGUUAUUUGAAGAUAUUUCAAUUUUUAAGGCCGUGCGGUGAGCCAAAUCAGCUCCAUUCGAUAAUACGGAAGUUUUUACACAAACACGACUUAAAUAAACCAUUUUUUUCCGCACUUCAGGAAUUUUCGAAAAAGGUGAAAAUUGAGAGUGUGGGGCAAAACGAGCUAAAUACAUUGACUUCCAGCAUCGUGCGGCGAAUGACACUCUCCUUAUCUGCAACUAUAGAGAAUUUUACAGUUUGUGUCAAAAAUUCAUUCAAAUCCAUUCGCGUUUUAUACCUAUUGUUCCCAUUGUGCAUUGGGUGGAUUGUCGCAACAAAUACAGGUUGCGACAUUGUCAUUAUUGUUGCGCGAUGGUUGAAUUUUGAUACACUUGUCCGUACUGCUAUUCUUAGCCAGUUGAACUAACCGCUACCGACACUGCACAGCUAUCUAGGCUGAUCGGGAAAAGAAGUUAAUAUUGGUGAUCAACUUCAUACGGGCCCGAAAAGCCGGAUCGAUUUCUCUUCAACGAGUUUCUCUUUGGUUAAUUACUCGACCUGCAAAGCAUUUUUGCUUGUUUUUGUUGUUUUAAAUGCUAGUCCUAGUCGUCCUUCACCGAAACACACCGAGAGAUCAUUCGAAUAUUAGUCGUGUUUCCCGGAAUAAUCCAAAGAGAAAAUCGAUCAUUUUAGAUACGCCCGUAUGAUACUAAACGCGAGAAUUGUUUUUUUUUUUCAAAAUUUUCUAAAAGCUUAGCUUAGCUUAGACUGACUGCACAUAUCUAUGGUUGCUACUCCGUGAUUGACCCGAAACAAUGCCAGUUGCACAAUGAAUCAACUGAAUAGUUGACUGGGAGUGGUCAACAUUCUCACUGUGCAACCUUCAGAGGCUCUCUUUAACGGUACAAUAACGGCGCCGGCCACGUCCUUGCAGUCAGGUUGGAAGAGGGAAGAAAUGAUUGUAACAACCUUUGUAAUGUGAAAGUCGGCGUUUACCGCACAUCUCCACCAAAGGCUGCAGGAAGGUGCUUGGGUCGGGAUUCAUUUUGAUAAGUAAUAUGACCUUUGAUUCAUAAUGUCUACCGGAGUGCCGCGUUAUUGUUCGCUUCACGCAGAAAGCAAACCAUCGAUCACCCACGUCGGGUGGUGGUCCCUCAAUAUUUAUUACAAACGAUGUUACACAAUUUACAACAUAACAUGUGUCGCCAUUGCACUAAAAGCCAGAAUCACAAUCUAGCGGAACUAAAUUAAUUACUCCAAAACGAAGCAUUUCCGACACAUGGUGUCUUCGACAAAGUUUUUUGCCGUCAGCAGGGGCAUCUAUUGCUUAGAACGUAAUAGUUCGCAACUCGUCCGCAUAGGUGGCGCCACCAUUUAACUUCUUUGUUUUACGUCCUAGAGACUUGGCGUCUUCAGCAAAGUUGUUUAUUUUGGCAAAAUAAACAACUCUUUCUUAGACGUCAAAAUUCCACAGCCUACUGUUUUCGAGUUAUUUAAAAAAUAAAAACCAAUCAAUAAAAAAACAGUUUUUUAAGCUUAUUUUGACAUUUUUACUAGAACCCACGUGAGUUUAAUUUUUUUCCUAAUGCAUGUGUGUCAAACCAAACACAUUGUAUGGGAAUAUGUUGAAUAUUAUCAUUAAAAACUCAAAAUAAAAAUACAAAUUCGUAAAAAUAGUGUGAAUUUCAAGCCUUAAUAUCUCACAAAGCGCAAAAAAUCGCAACUUCAAAUUUUCAGCAAAUACGAAGCAAUACUAGGUGAACAUACUGUAAAAAAUUUGGAGAGGUAUUUUUUGGUGUUUUUGAGAUAAUAGCUUUUUAGUAACAGUAUAAAUAUAAGUAGUAUCAGCAUGUAACUUUUUACUGUUACACAUUAGAGAGUUCAUGUCUUCGAAAAAGUUGUUCAUUUUGACUAAAUAAACAACUCUUUCUUAGACGUCAAAAUUCCAUGGCCUACUGUUUUCGAAUUAUUGCAUAUAAAUUAGAUUAUAUUGAGAAAAAAUGACAAUUAAACACAUUUUGAUGCCAUAGUAUGAACUAUUUUUAUUGUUUUUACUUUUACGAUACAUAGUAAGUCAUGAACAUGUCAGUUUCGUGGAGCUACAGUUUCACAAUCUUCGACCAACGUCCUUUCCAUCCAGGAACAGAUCCACGAGCUUUUGACAAGAUAUUUCGCGCUCUAAAAUUUAAAAAGGUUGACAAAAUUGGUUAAGCAUAAAACAUUUUGAAAAAGACAUGCCAAAAAUUAAAAGAUAUCUUGACCUAUGCUGAAAUAGUAAACUGACAUUUGCUUGACCUACUAUGUAUCGUAAGAGUAAAAACAAUAAAAAAAGUUCAUAGUAUUGUGUUUUAAUAUAAGUUUUUAUCAAUAAAAUUUACUUUAUAUAUAAUAUUUCGAAAACAGUAGGCCGUGGAAUUUUGACGUCUAAGAAAGAGUUGUUUAUUUAGUCAAAAUGAACAACUUUUUUGAAGACAUAAACUCUCUAAUGUGUAGCAGUAAAAAGUUACAUGCUGGCACUACUUAUAUUAAUACUGUUACUAAAAAGCUAUUAUCUCAAAACACCAAAAAAUACCUCUCCAAAUUUUUGGCAGUAUGGUCACCUAGUAUUGCUUCGUAUUUGCUGAAAAUUUGAAGUUGCGAUUUUUUGCGCUUUGUGAGAUAUUAAGGCUUGAAAUUUACACUAUUUUUUUAAAUUUGUAUUUUUAUUUUGAGUUUUUAAUGAUAAUAUUCAACAUAUUCCCAUACAAUGUGUUUGGUUUGACACACAUGCAUUAGGAAAAAAAUUAAACUCACAUGGUUUCAAGUAAAAAUGACAAAAUAAGUUUAAAAAACUAUUUUUUCAUUGAUUGGUUCAUAUUUUUUAAAUAACUCGAAAACAGUAGGCUGUAGAAUUUUGACGUCUGAGAAAGAGUUGUUUAUUUUUCCAAAAUAAACAACUUUGCCGAAGGAACCAAGUCUCUAGGAUGUAAAACAAAGAAGUUAGAUGGUGGCGUCACCUAUGUGGAGGAGUUGCGAACUAUUACGUUCUAAUUCUAAGCAAUAGAUGCCCCUGCUGAUGUCAAACAACUUUGCCGAAGACACCAUGUGUCAGAAAUGCUUCGUUUUGGAGUAAUUAAUUUAGUUCCGCUAGAUUGCGAUUCUGGCCCUUAGUGCAUUGUUCGCUUCACGCGGUAAACAAGCAAUCGAUCACCUACGUCACUAAACACCCACGCAUCUAGUGUUUUCGAUUCCGCGCGCGAACAAUAACGAACGAGAUCAAUUAUGUUGAGUUACCCAUGCAGGAGCGAUGCAUGCAUAGCAACUCACAAUAAAUUCUUCAAAUUAUUCUUUCGGACACAAACACGAACACCAUUAAUUCAUAGCUAAAAUCUUCUCCAAAUCAUACGAAUGCUACUUCGGAUGGCGCAGCAUCAUCCAAAUUCUCCGCGGAAAAUCGCACGAAACGGGAGAACGAAAAAAACGUGACAAUAAACGCGCCGUUAUUGUUACGCGUGAGAGUCAAGCCUGGAACACAUAGCGUCCGUUCCGUCGAGGUUUGCGUUUUUGUGGCAGUUUUCCAAUGGAAAAUGUGUCAAACUACUGUCACGUACACGCAAACGUAUGCAUUGUGUGGAGCACUUGAGCGUGUUCCAGUUUCUUUUUAAUUUUUUAAAACGCCAAAAAGUAUGUAAUGCGUUCACAGCCCUUUGUAAUUGCAGGUGUUCAUUUUACCCUGAAACGACAUGUUGGGUGGUAGUGCGUAAUGAAUUUUGUGAAUUUAUUGAUCGAUUGCAGAGAAUUACAAAAUUCCUAAAAUAAAGGGCGACACGUUUGAAUGUAUACUUAUGCUUAGUGUUAAUGUUGUAGCUUACUGUAGUGUUUGCUACCACACAACAAUAUCGCAAUCGGUUUGGGUGGGUCCUUCGUUCUAACGUAACGGUCUAGUCUGCUAAUUUAUAAUGGAUCAACUAGCAGUCUAACUGCACACAAAUCUUGUUGUGUUAUGAACGGAAGGCCUAAUCGACCAGUAAUAACUAGAUUCAAGAGUAUUCAUUAGUUUAACAUUACACGUUACUUGAUUCUAUCUCACCAUUCACAGCUCGCUAGUAAGUAUUUCGAGCUUCGAGUUCAACAAAGGCAAAAAUGAUGAGAAGUGGUUAGAUCAGGCUGCAACAUAGUAUAGUAAGAAAUAUAAAUUCGCCGAAUUCACUUGGUUCAUCCUCUGUCACUAAAUACCUACGAUCGUGUUAUCAAAUCUAAUCCAAGUUUAACACUUUGUAGCCAAAAAAAUAAUACAUAUUUUGAUAAUAAACUUCUAAUGAGCAUCUAACACGCGUUUUCAUAGAUGAUAUCUGUCUCGCUAUUAUUCAUCGGUGUUCAAUUGUUCCUAUCUUGUUUUGGCAUUCCUCCUAUUUGCGGGCACAUCUACACUCAGAAAUAAAAAAAAAGUCAUUUAUGACUAUUUUUCAUGCAAAGUGCAGGUUCGACUCGGUUCAUGCAUAAAAUGACUAAAGCGCGAAAAGUUUAGCUGAACUAAAAUCAGUUUAGUUUUAUAAUGACUACUUUUUAGAUUUUUCCAACUACUUUCUAGUAUUAAAAAACUUUUAUGAUUGACUUGUUUUAAAGCUAGUAAUUAUGUUAUAAGUUAAAGACACCGUAUUUUGAGAUUAUUUAUUCUUAAAAACUACAAAUCUUAAAUUACAUUAUCUCUCUAUAAUAUUGUCACGAAAUAUGGUGACCAGGUGCAGCUAAAGAUGAUUGACCACGGUUGCGCCAGCCGGUCGAGGAAAGCAAGAAGGAAAGCGUAGCACCGCGCAUUUCAAACAGAUAUUGGGUCUGGGGCGUUGUCCGUGGCGAUCUCAAUCUGUCGGCUUUAUUCUGAGAUGAAUAGAAAAUAUAGUUAUUUACUAAAAUUGAUAAAAAAAUGUUGAACAUUUACUUACUUUUUCAACAGUUUCUUUUACACAACAAAACUUCGAAAGUUGGUGGGCCGGGUAUAAGUUCUAAAACAUAUUCAUUACUGGAAACUUAACGCAAGUUAUUCAUUACGUGGCUGAAAUUCAGUUGCUCAAUGCAUAAUUUUCAGCAUUUGAUAUGCAUAAAUUGAAUUUAGUUAGCAAAUGUAUAAAAUAAAGUCAUUCAGUGACUUUCCCGGUUUCUGAGUGUAUACUAGUUGGUAGCUGUUGUUCAGCGUCGGGUACAUUGAGCAUAAGGGGCUCGACGGGCAGUAACGUAGCGCAACCCACACUCCCCCUCGUAAUGCAGUCAUCCUGAGCUGCAUUGCUUCGAACACCUACGUCCAGCACGGCGAGCUUCACUGCGGGUCGUUCGUAAAUACCACGGGAAGUCUGCACUGUGGCACUUCUCACCUGAUGGUCUGGUCCUUGUUUUACUCCAAUUACGCGGCCUUUUGGCCAGGUAUUCCGAGGAAGGUUAGGAUCUACGAUGAUAACGAGAUCAUUGAUCCCGAUAGGGUCCACGUUAGUGAACCAUUUAGUUCUGCGGGUAAUAUACGGCAGAUAGUCGCGUAGCCACUGUUUCCAAAACUGAUUAGCUAAAGCUUGCAGGGUUGUUACAACAGCGCGGAUUUCGCGAAUUUUGCGGAUUUCGCGAUUUUCGCGGAUUUGGCGCGGAUUUACCCAUAGAAUUUGGCCCUCGCGCGGAUUUGACGCGGAUUUGAUUUUUGUAAUGUGCAUUGAAUUGAAAGAUUAUCGACACUUGAUAAUAAAAUUAUGAAAUGUGUUUGUUGAAAUUGCCAGGUUUGGAUGUUCAAAUGCAUUUAGCAUCACUGGUAGUCGAUAUAUUUCAAACAUAUGUUAAACUAGCUGUCCCGGCAAACGUUGUCUUGCCAAGCUGUGGUGGUUUGACAACUGUAGAGCUCAUAACGUCACCGCACUCUAGAUUGGUUUCAUUUCAAUCAUUUUGAUUUUCUUCCCAGGUCAUAAAAAAUCUGCAUUUUGUCUAUUUUCUUACAUUUUUAGUUCAUUUUCCUAACUUUUUUUAUAUAUAAACACAGCCACCAUGAAUACGAAUCUAACCAUGCAAGAGUUUUGUUGCCUCAAAUACAAUUCAAACUCAUUUUUAUAUAGGGUAAUUUUCCAAUUGUUGCACGGCUAAAAACUCGCCUAUUGUUAUUCUUAUGGGGUGUGCAAUAAUUGGCGAAUUUUUAGCCGUGCAACAAUUGGAAAAUUACCCUAUAUGGGGCAGUGCAUGAAAUUAUCUCCCUCUCUUUCACUCUCACAGAAAUUUUGUAAACAACAAGGCCACGAAACGUCAAAAUCCCAUACAAAAUCAAAUCAGUGCAGUUCCCUAUAGGGCACUGCAUUGUUUUGAUUUCGUAUAGGAUUUUGACGUUUCUUGGCCUUGUUGUUUACAAAAUUUCUGUAAGAGUGAAAGAGAAGGAAAGAAUUACAUGCAGUGCCCUAUAGAGACUAGCUGUCUCCGGCAAACUUUGCAAUGCCUACUGCGUUUUAUGACGUUUCAAGUCCAAGUCACAAAGCCGACGGGAAUUGGACGUUUCGUUCACGAGUUAUGCGUGGUCCUACGUAUGCCAUGAGCCUCUGUACGAAUUUGCCCUGUCCUGCUCACUACCACAGAAAAUUUGAAAACACCGCGCACAGUAAAAGUCACAUUUGACUUUUACUGUGCGAACUGAGUGUGUGUAGUGACGGCUCAGCAGCCGGAGGCCAGAUUUGCGCGCGCGUUGCCUUCGGUAUUCCGAUUUAGUUUUUUUCCAUUUGCAUUUUGCGCUUUUUGAUCCGAUUGAUGGCAGAGGAAGAAGACCCGGCUUCAGUCAGUGUGUGUAGUGACGUCUCUCCAACUGGAGGCAGGAUUCGCGCGCGCGUUGCCUUCGGUGCUCAGAUUUUUUUUUUUUUUUUCAUUGCUGCCAAGGCUUGUCCUGUCUCGCUCAGUCCCACCUACCAGCAUGUACUUUGUCUUAGCCGCAUUCACCACCAGUCCGACCUUUGCUGCUUCACGUUUCAGGCGGGUGUACUGUUCUGCCACCGUUCCAAAUGUCCUAGCAAUAAUAUCCAUGUCAUCCGCAAAACAUACAAAUUGGCUGGAUUUCGUGAAGAUCGUACCCCAGCUGUUGAGCCCGGCUCGUCGCAUAACACCUUCCAGGGCGAUGUUGAAUAGUAGGCAGGAAAGUCCAUCACCUUGUCGUAGUUCCCGUCGAGAUUCAAAUGAACUGGAUAGUUCACCCGAAAUCCUUACGCUGUUCUGCACACCGUCCAUCGUUGCUCUUAUCAGUCUAGUCAGCUUCCCGGGAAAGCUGUUCUCGUCCAUAAUUUUCCAUAGCUCUGUGCGGUCGAUACUGUCGUAUGCCGCUUUGAAGUCGAUGAACAGGUGAUGCGUUGGGACCUGGUAUUCACGGCAUUUCUGGAGGAUUUGCCGUACGGUGAAGAUCUGGUCCGUUGUCGACCGGCCGUCGAUGAAUGGUAACUGGGAAGUUACCACCACGAACUCAUUUACUUUAGGUGAAAGACGACGGAAGAUGAUCUGGGAUAGCACUUUGUAGGCGGCAUUCAAAAUGGUGAUCGCUCGAAAGUUCUCACACAUUAACUUGUCGCCUUUCUUGUGGAUGGGACAGAUUAUCCCUUCCUACUCCAGAACCUACUCUAGGAAUUACUCCAGGAUUUCCUCAAGAAAUGUCUCUAGAACUUCCUCCAAGAAUUUCUUCGGUUAACUUUCCAGGAAUUCCUCCCGGAAUUAUCUCAGGUACAGUAUUCCUUAUAGAGUUACUACAGGGAUUCCAGGAAUAGCUCCAGAAACUCCGUUAGAAUUUACUCCAAGAAUUCCUCAAGGUAGGAUGUCAUCCAGGAGUUUCUGUAGGAAUUCUUGGAAAAAAAUUUGAACGGAUUCUUGAUUGAAAUCUUAGAAGAAUUCUUGGGGGAGCUCCCGUAGCAGUUUCUGGAAUAAUUUCUGGAGGAUUUUCAGGGAGAAUUCUGGAGUGAUUUUUGGGGAAGAUCCUAUUGGAAUUUCUGGAGGAUUUCCUGGGAGAAGUCCUAGAGAAAAUUAUUUAGGAAUUCCUCCCAGACUUCCGCCAAGAAUUGCUUCAAGAAUCCCUCCAUGAAUUUCUCCAAAAAUCCCUCGAACAGUUCUAUCUGGGAUUUUGAAGGAAUUUAUUCAGGAAUUACUUUACAAACUCCUCCAGCAAUUCCUUCACAAAUUCUUCCAAGAAUUUCUCCAUGAAUUCCACCAGGAAAUCCUCCAAAAAUAACUUUUGAGAUAGCUCCAGGGAUUCCUCCUUGAAUUCCUCCAGGUAUUCCUGAAAAAAAAAAUAUGAAGCGCUUCCCAGAGGAAUCCCUGGAGUAGCUCUUUAAGGAGUUCCUGUACCUGAGAUAAUUCCGGGAGGAAUUCCUGGAAGAUUAACCGAAGGAAUUCUUGGAUGAAAUUCUAGAGACAUUUCUUGAGGAAAUCCUGGAGUAAUUCCUAGAGUAGGUUCUGGAAAAGUUUUUGGAGAAAGCCUUGAAGUAAUUCAUGGAGAAAUUCUUAGAGUGUUUCUGAGAGGAAUUUCUGGGGGCCUUCCUGGAAAAAUCCUUGGGGAAUUUCUAAAAUAAAACCUUGAGAAAUUUCGGGAAGAAUUUCAGGACGAAUUCCUGGAGAUAUUCGUAAGCAAUAUCUGGAGGAAUUCCUGAAAUAAUUCUUGAAGGAAUUCCUAAAAGAUUUGAGCCACUUCUGAAGCAAUUCUUUAAAGAAUUUCUGAAAAAAAUCUUGAAGCAUUUUCAUGAGGUAUUUCUAAAAGGAAUUCUGGAAAAAUUCCGGAAGGAUUUUUUUUGACGAAUUCCUGGAGUCAUUCAAAGAGAAAUUAUGGGAAUUCUUGGAUUGUUUUCAGGAGGAAUUAUUGACGUCUUUCCUGGAGGAGUUCCUGGAUAAAUAUCGGAAAGAACUCGAGCAGGAAUCCUUGGAGUAGAUCCUAGAGGAAUUCUUUGUAGACACUUGCGAGGAAAGUAUUUCCUUGUAGACACUUGCGUGCGCAGCCUUUUCUUUUUUCUUGCUCGUUCAUUCUGUUGAACGCAAGAAAGAGCGAGAUAAAAGAGGGGAAAAAUGCCGUCUCUAUUAUCUGUUUCUUUCCGUGUUUGUUUACGAGAGUGAGUGAGACAAAAGAAAAAGCUGCGCACGCUAGAGCUUGUAGAAUUCCUGGAGGAUUUUUUUGAGGAUAUUCUGAAGAAGUUUCUGGAAAAAAAAUCCCGUAGGAAUCCCUGAAGUCAUUCCUGGAGCAAUUCCUGGAGGAUUUCCUAGAGUUAUUCCUGAAGCAAUUCUUGGAGUAAUUAAUGGAGUAUUUCCUGGAAGACUUUAUGGAAGAAUUCCUGAAGGAAUUCUUGGAGGAAUUUUUGGAGGAAUUUCUGGAGAAGUUCGUGGAUGAAUUCCUGGAGUAAUUCCUGGUGGAAUUCCUGGAGAAAUUCGUGGAGUAUUUUCUGGAGAAAUUCCUGGAGGAAUGCCUGGAUGAAUUUCUGGUGGAUAUUCUGUAGGAAUUCCUAGAAGAUUUAUUUAACGAAUCACUGGCGAAAUUCUUAGAGGAAUUGCUGGGGGAAUUCUUGGAGGAAUUUCUAGACGAUUUCCUGGAAGAAAUUCAGGAAGGAAAUCUGGAGGAAUCUCUAAAGAAUUUUCUGGAGCAUUUACUGGAGAAAUUUAUGAAAGAAUCACUGGAGGAAUUCUCGGGAAAAAAAUUGGAGGACAUCUUGCAGUAGUUUCUGAAUAAACACCUGUAGGAAUCCUGUAGGAAUAUCUGGAGAAAUUCUUGGAGUUAUGCCUGGAGUAUUUCCAAGAAGACUUCCUGGAAAAAUACCUGAUGAAAUUUCUGGAGGUAUUCCUUGAGGAAUUUCCAGAGAAAUUCCUGGAGGAACUCCUGGAGUAGUACCUGAAGUAAUUUCUGGAGGAAUUGCUGGAAUAAUUUCUGGAGGAAAUCCAUGCAAUUCUUGGAGAAAUGCAUGGAGUACUUUCUGGAGAAAGUUUUGAAGAAAUCCCUGUAGAAAUUCCUAGAGGAAUUCUGUGAGGAAUUACUGAAAGAUUUCCUGAAUGAAUUUCUUGAUGAUUUCCUGGGAGAAUUUCUGGAAGGAAUUCUAGAGGAAUCCUUGGAGGAAUCUCUAGAGAAUCUCCUGCAGCAAUUACAGGAGGAAUUUAUGGUGGAAUCCCAGGAGGAAUUCCUGUAUGAACCCUUGAAGGAAUUCCUGGAAGCAUCUCUGGAUGAUUUACGGGGGAAUUCCUUGAAGGAAUCCCAUGAGGAUUUUCUGGAGGAAUCCCUGCAGUAUUUCCUGGUAGAAUUUUGGGUGAAUUCCUGCAUGAACUCAUGGAGGAAUAACUGGAAGAAUUCUUGGGGGACACCGUGGAAAAAUUUGUAGAGAAAUCGUCAGAGGAAUUCCUAGAUGAAUCCUUGCAGGAAUUCGUAGAGAAAGUCUUGGAGCAAUUUAUUAAAAAAAUGUUCUGUGAAAUCCCUGGAAGAAUUCCUGAUGGAAUCCCUUCUACAAUUCCUGAAGAGAAAUUCCUGUAGGAAUUUCGAGAUGAAUUUUUGGGGUUAUUCCUGGAAGAAUUUUUAGUUGACAUCGUGGAGGAUUUUUUGGAGGAAUCCCUUGAGGUAGUCCUGGUGGUAUUAAUGCAGGAAUUUCUGGAGAAAUCCCUUGAGUGCUUCAGUAAUUUUAGGGAAAAAUCCUGAAGAGAAGCAUGCAUUAUUGCUGGCGAACUCACUGAUCAGCUCCUGCAUUAAUUUGCAGAGUUAUAAUGGAGAAAUUCCCAGUAAAAUCCUAGGGGGAUUCUACGACAAAUGCUGGAGGAAUUCUUGGGCUAAUUCUAAAGAAAUUCCCUUAGUAUUUUUGGGGGUGCCCUGGAGGAAUGCCUGGGGAGCUCCUGGACUCACUCUCAGGAACUUCAGGAGGGCUUCCCGUUGAACUGAAAAUAAAUAAACUGUGGGAAACUACUCCUGGAGGAAUUUCUGGAGAAAAAAUCUAAACCAGUUCUUGAAAGUAUUCCAGAAGAAAUUUUAGUAGAACUCCAGGACAAAAACCCAGACGGAGUAGCUGGAGAAAUGCCAGGAAGGACUCCUAGAUGAAUCUCAUUAGAGGUUUUCCAGAAAGAACUACGGGAGAAUCCCAGAAAGCACUCCAAGGGAAAUCAUGAAAAAGCUGGAGGAAUCCCAGAUUCCUGUAGAAAUUACAAAAGAAAGUUCUUGAUGAAUGUACAUCACACACCGGUGAGCAUUGUGUGCAGUGAGAAUGAAGCGACAAAAGCCCUAUCGAGUCUCGGCCGCGGCCCCGGCCCGGACCCAGUCCCGGCCCGUAGGUUUGAAUAUCCCUUAAAACGGUGCCAUCCAGCGGUAUGAUCGAGUGGGUGUGGGUGUAUGCAUGCCAUGGCAUCUAGGCGAAUUGAAUCUUCACCCAAAGAAAAGGAUGCCUUGAGAUUGAUUCAUAAACAUUGCGCGCAAUUUGCCGUUCACUGUUGCCUCUGUCAAACGAUGACCGCCAAUGCGACGCUGGACUUCGUUGCCAUGCGCACGACGACCAACAGCAAGCAAACGUGUAGGGUUGCCAGACAGUAUUGCAAUAAAAACAUUGAUUUAUUUCACAAAAUUUUGAAUUCAAGAUUGUGACAAAACUAUGAAAGAUACAAUGUUGCUACAAAGGACAGUUUGGUAGCGUAUCAAAAAAUGAAUGUUUUGCAGAAGAAAAUUUCUCACAUUUAUCACGUUUUUCACGAGUAAACUAUCAAAAAAGGUGAAAAAGGGGUACAUUUUUAGGCACUUUUUACAUAAAAGUCAAAAUUUCUGCACUUAAAUGACUUUUUAUCAUUUACCUGUCCAAAGAGCAUUAAAAGACAAAGCUUUAAGCUUUCUAUCCAUGCGCUAAGAUUGAUGAUAUGGUUCAUAGUUUCUUAGUUAGAGGUGUUUAAAGAUGGGGUAAUUUAAUAACACUAAUUUUUGAAUAACUCACUUAGCAGUGAUUUCCGGACCUACCUGUAGAACAAUUUUUUGCUGCAAAUAUUGUCUACUUUCACCUCCUUUCGGGUGUAACACAAAUUACCAGUCACCCUGUAUAAAGAAAGACUCUCGAGGCGAAAAUCGCACUCAAAAACCCGAAAUAAUCAUCGGCUCUUUUUUCGUUCCUCUCUUCCUCGCUCAGUUUUUAUUGCCUCUCUGUUUGGGGUUCGUUCGCUCCCUCGCGACGAGGCAGAAGCAAAACACCGCUCUAGAGCUUGUUGCAAAACUCUUUUGUUUUCGAGGAGGAUUAUCAAGCCUGCGCCAUAUGCAGCGGCAGCUGCAUCCCACACCAGUCUCACUUUUCCCGGUUUGUUGGGAUUUAUUACCGGGAAUAUGGGUAGAUACCACUCCCGGGAUUGUCGUGCGUUUAUUUCAUCAUUCGUCAACCUUCGAACGUAUCCUUUACUCAUAUAGUCGGCCAUUUUCGUUCUUACUGUAUCCGAAAACGUUUUGUCACGUUGCAUACCAUCAGGGUACCAGAUUCCGCUCAUCUAAGGCCAGUUUCGCAGAAAAACAUCAUCUGUUGAAUGACUGUUAAGCCAAUUUGUAAUGUUUUUUCAUUUUAUGUUAGUUCAAUCUAAAUACAAUCAGAUACAAAUCAAGACUUAUGUAGAACUUUUCAUAAAAGUAUGAUUUUUUUACGGGAUGGUAACAUAAGGCUGAAUUUCAAAAGGCUGAAUGCACAUAAGGCUGAAUACAAAAGGCUGAAACUAUGGAUAUGUAACAAAAGGCUGAAAUUACAAAAGGCUGAAAUAACAAAAGGCUGAAAACAUGGCAAAUUCCAAAACUUGAUAUAUGCAUAAUAACUCUAUAGAAUCUGAGCUGAGGAUUUAAUGAUUUAAAAGAUGGUAUUACACAAGGUAUUAUAUUUUCCGGAAUACUAUCCCCCGGAGUGGCAUUUGCCGAAUCGUCGUUCCCGUUGGUGCUGUGUCAUUAUGCCGAAGGAUAUCAGGCCUCAAAUGCCACUAAGGCGAAUGGGUUAUAAUGAUUUUAAUGCUAAGGAGGUUUACUAGGCAGCCUAGUUGAAUAGUUAAAUUAUGAUCUAUGCAUUUACCUCGAAAGAACAGCCUUUCUAAAAAAGCGGGAAAAAUCUCUGAUGGAAGAGUAAGUAUUGUAGCCGCAAAUAGUACAGUAUAACGACCAAGCGGAAAGGUUUGAUGAUAAUAUCUGCAUACUAAUAACUCUCCCGUGAGUGAUUUUUCCUUCUAUUAAAAAUAGGCUGUUCUUUUGAGGUAUUUGCAUAUAUUCAGUGUUGGCAUUCUUACCAAUGUGUAAAAUGCAGCGAGCUUCUGCGUGCGCAUAUUCCUUAAAAACGAUUCAUCGGAGAUUUCCCCUUCUUUUGAACAAAGGCUGUUCUUACUGUGUUUGAAUGUUAUAGCUGCAUCUUUUCUUUAUCAAAGGUUUUCCUUCUUUUAAAAUGUUGAAAGAAUUAUAAUUUAAGUUCAGGUGUUGAAGCUGCUUACUUUUUACCAGAUGUUUCUCCUUCUUAUAAAAUAGGCUAUUCUUUUAAGCAGUAUUGUAUUCGAACAGAACGUGAGCCAAAAAUCAACUGAACACUUUAAAUUUUUUGGUCGACAAAGCAUUGAACUUGCCUGUCUGAGCUUUUGCUGCUUAAGAGCGCCCGCUCGGUUCCCAUUCGACUUUGAGUUCACAUGCGCUUAUCUUCAUCAAUAAAUCCUAUGUGUCUUCUUUCCUAGGACUAGAACCUUGUGCCGCAUCUACAUGUUUGGACGUUAUUAUGUUAUGUCACAGGGAAAUGCAUCAUAGAUCCUUUGGUACGACAUUGUGGUCUAGGAUAUUGAAAUACAGCUCCAGGAAUUUAGAUUUUUCGAAACACACGAUGGUCGGACUGGUUCACUCUUCAAUAAAAGGAGAUUGAAUUACAAGAGAUUGCCAAAAUUAGGGCCCAUAUAGCCGAGGCGGUAAACGCACGGGUAUUCAGCAUGACCAUGCUAAGGGUGACGGGUUCGAUUCCCGGUCGGUCCAGGAUCUUUUCGUAAAGGAAAUUUCCUUGACUUCCUUGGGCAUAGAGUAUCUUCGUGCCUGCCACACGAUAUACACAUGCAAAAUGGUCAUUGGCAGAGGAAGCUCUCAGUUAAAAACUGUGGAAGUGCUCAUAGAACACUAAGCUGAGAAGCAGGCUUUGUCCCAGUGAGGACGUUACGCCAAGAAGAAGAAGAAGAAGAAGAAGAAGAUUGCCAAAAUUGAAGGGUUAAAUGGCGCAAAUAUGACCAUUUUAGUACCGUCGAUGGGGGUGACAAUGGGUCUGGGGGGUGAGAUUGGGUCAAAACGGAGAAACAUAAAAUUUGAAACAGCUCAUCAACUAUGGCUAAUUUAUAUUGAAAACUUUAUAUUAUUUUAAAGAGAAGAUGUUUUUACACGUCAUGAUGCAGAAAAAGAUGUUUAGCAAUAAUCGUUUUAUGUUUAAAUUGUGGCUAAACUUAUAUGAUGAAACUACUAGUAAAUCACUCUGAAAAAAUUUCUCCUUCGCAAUGUUUCACACAAGCACCUAACCAUACAUUUUCUUAUAAGUAGUUAGCUGUAGGUAUUACCUGCUUGAUGCAACGAAAAAAGUGAGCUGUCAAUGCACUUUUUAUAUAAAAAUUCAAUAUUGUCGACCCUAUGUCUAAAUAUUAAAAAAGGGGGUGAGAUUGGGUCAAGCAAGUUAUCGAGUGCACAUAACCUUAACUAAAAAUUCAACUUGUUAUUCAGUCCCCAUUUGAUGUUAGAGUGGUGCCAUGUUUACCGUAUCUUCGUAAAGGUACGCUUUUUUUCGAAAAUAUGUCGCAGAAGUGUCAAGCGAGUGUGUUCAUACGUUUAGUGCCUAAAAUCAUUUACAACAAUAAACAUGGACAUGGACAGCUCCUCUAAUCAUCAUCUAACGUUAAGUGUACUGCAAUAUCGUAAGCUCACAAAAUAGACUUAAAAACGUUCUUCUUCUUCACUUACUUUUGAAAUUUUAAGGAAAUAUCCUGAAACUACCAGACAGUAGUGGGAUUUAGGAAAUACAGGGGCUAUAAAACCGGUAACAUAGUACAAUGUCGGAAAGUGAAUGAACGUCGAAUUUUGGUUUGGUUAAACAUUUCUCAUGCAAUCUUUCAAUGCGUCCCUCCCUCAUUGUAAUCCCCCCCUCCUCUCGUGGAGGUUGAAACUUUAAAUGAGGAUGAUUAUGGUGACUAAAAAUGGCGAUACAACAUACAAACGUUAUUUUAUCAAAUUUCAACAACUUUUUCGGUUGUAUUAGCCCUUUUAGGUGGAUUAAUCAUCUUAUAAAAUUUCAAAAGUUUUUUUUAGUCAUGGUUAUAUUGUUUUUUAAGUAGGCUUACUAGAUAUGAUCAAUAAAAUUAACUUAUAUUCAUAGAUAGGCGAUUUCGAAUACUUUGACCCAUUCUCACCCCCUCUAAGGGGUGAGAUUGGGUCAAUUUUCAAUCAUUUGUAGUUUAGUAAGCAAUUCAUAUAAUGUAAUACUUUCUUGCUAAACUAUCAAUACCACAUAGAAGAGUAUACAUACCAAAUAAAAAGUUAUUCCGACUUCAAUUGCAUUUGUUAUUUAACAAACAAUCUUUGAGUAUCCUUUUUUGACCCAUUCUCACCCCCAACGACGGUAU